AUGGUUGAUGCUCUUCUCGCACACAUGAAAAGCAUCGGGGAGUUCUUGCAGCACACCAACAACAUGGCCCCUGAUGUGAAAGAGAAGAUCGCACAGAACCAGCUCGACCAGCUCUUGCACAAGCUAAGUCUCAUCAAUGUUUUGACUGCAGAGCAGGCGACAACUUUGUCCGCCAAUUUCGAAGGCAGCUGCUUCAGUGACAGCCAUCGGGCGACAUGGGUUGAAGCAGUCUCAUCGAAGAUCGCUGCCGGCAGCCGAAGCUCUGGCAGGAAGCCGAACCAGGUGUUGCUCCAUUUCGGAGCCUAUCUCACCCCCGGCGAAGUUCAGCUGCUGCAAGGCGAGGGCAACCUGUCUGUCAAACUGGAUGCCCUGGUGAAUCGCUGCAUGCUCAUCGGGUUAACCAACCCAUCGGAGCAGACCAUCGGGCACAUCAUUACCAUAGGGCGACAACAUGGCAUCACCUGUACUGCGACAGAAAUCUUUGAUCUUGUGCAGGAGUUUAAGCGACUCCUAAAGAACAGGCGGAAGAAUGCUCCGUCGUUCAGCAUGCAUCUGCAAUAUUAUCCGGGGGAUCCGAUGCAGAUGCCGACUGAAAUCGUGAACUCCGCAUACACCACCGAGCAGCCGCUGCCGCUGCAGCAAGUCGUGCAUGUUCCUCUUACGAGUGCCCAGUCGCAAAUCGUGCUCCGCCGAAGCAGCAAAGCGGUGAGAGACACUUUGCCGGCGAGGCAGCAGGCCUCGGCAUCUGCCAACAUGUUCGGUGCCCCGGAUGCUGCAAGGACCAUGUUCUCCAUGAUGCAAAUGUCGAGUGGUUCGCAGAGCAGCCAGCAGCAGAAUGCAUCGGGUCAGCAGGCGGCCCUUCCAGCCUUGCCCCCGAAUGCAUCGUCGGUUCAGGCGGCCCUUCCGGCCUUGCCCCCGAAUCCAUCGUCGGUUCAGGCAGUGCCCCCGAAUCCUUCGUCGGUUCAGGCAGCCCUUCCGGCCUUGCCACCGAAUCCAUCGUCCGAGCAGCAGCCUUCCCUUCCGUGCAAGGACCCGUCCACAUUUGAGACGGACUUCGACAAAGAAGUUGCAGAGAAUAUGAAGCUCGUCACCGAUGCCUUGGAGGCCAAGAAGGGGACAACCAUGGCUGAUCUUGCCAGACUGGGACGACGAUCCUAUGUCAGUCUCAAUGGCCUUGAGAAUUUGUUGAAGGAUUUGAAAGCCCUGGAUAGAUUGCCUGAUGCAUCUUCACGGGCAACCAUCAAACGAGCCCGAGAAGCCGACUGCAAGGUGAAUACAGCCCUGGGCCCAGUCUUUACUUCCUUGAGGAUCCAGGUCAAUGAGCUGGACCGUCGCAAGGGAAUAACUUUUAUGAGAGAGCACGAGCUGCCUUUCGUAUCCUUGCCGGCCGUGCUCUCUCAUGCCAUUGGGACAUCCGAUGGCUUCAGAGAAUUCUUCUUGGGCAGGCUCCGGGCAUGCCCCAAUGGCCCCACGAGCCCAUGGAAGAUUAUUCUCUAUGCAGAUGAGAUUACACCUGGUAAUGCCCUGAAGCCACUCAACAGCCGCAAAAUCCAUGGCUUUUAUGUCAGCUUUGCCGAGUUCGGGGCCGAACUAUCAUCCGAGACUUUUUGGUUCACUGUCUUGGCAGCCAGAAGUGAACUGGUCAACAAGAUGGAGGGUGGCUUCUCAGAGCUUUUCAAACUGUUCAUGACACGAUUGUUUGAAGGGCCUUUCAACUUGAAGACAGGAUGCAUGCUGGAUUUUGGCAAUGGGCAGCAGCAUUUGUUCUUUGCAUCGCCCACAAUCUUUGUGGCAGAUGAAUCCUGCAUAAAGUUUGCUUGGGACCUAAAGGGGGCAUCGGGGUCGGUGUGUUGCAUGUUUUGCAGCAACAUCGUUUCCCAGAACAACAGGCUUGAUGUUCAUGAUGCCACGAAUACCUUGGUCACCAUCGCCGAAGUCGACGACUCGAAGUGGCGAGCACGUGGGGACCAGCUCCUGUGGGCCUCGCAUGAUCGUUUGGACACCAUUGCUGGGAGUGGCAGCAAGGCCGAGCUGCAAAGGGUGCAGCAAGCUAUGGGACUGAAUCACAACCCUAAUGGUCUGCUAGGAUCCCGGUUGCUUGCACCGUCGUCUGUCACAAUGUAUGACUGGAUGCAUUGCUAUUUGGUCCAUGGCCUUUGUCAACUGGAGCUGGGACUCCUCACUCCGAUGUUUUAUGGUGCUGGGCACACCGUGGCAGCAAUCUUAGCCUUCUUCAGCUCUUUCGAAUGGCCACAUGGACUCCGAGCACAUAGAAGGGAGGUGUUGCAGAUCUUCGAGAAAAAAGUUUCAGUGGGCGACUUCAAGUGCUCGGCUUCACAGGGCUUGAGUAUCUACCCUCUUGUGCGGAUUUUUGUGCUCGUCCAUGCCGUCUCGCUUGUUGAAGCCACGGUCAGACAAGCUUGCAAAAGCUUCCUGAAGCUGUGCUUGGUGCUUGAUCUUCUCCUGGAGGGGAAUAAAGGCAAUGCAAUCAGUGCACAGGAGCUCAGAACACGCAUCAGGGCCCACUGCGAAGAAUUUUUGAAGGCCCACGGCGAAGAUGCAGUGAUUCCGAAGUUUCAUUAUGCAUUGCAUUUACCAGGCAUGCUGCAUCGACAUCAAAGGCUCGUCUCGUGCUUUUGCCACGAACGGAAGCAUAAACAAAUCAAGGCCAUCGCUGACAACCUCCACAAAGUCACGAACACUUUUGAGUACACCGUGAUGAUGGAUGUUUUGGGAAAAUCUUUUUUCAGCUUGCAGGAAUACAAACUCUGGACUAAGCCUUCGCUGAUGAAAGCGAAGCCGGCAUCGGACCAACUUGUUGCAGAACUCGUUACUGCUUUCGGUGUUGCAGAGGCCUUCGGUUCCAUGGUAGAGCUUGUGGCUGACUUCCAGCCUGGCCAGACAUGCGAGCGAGGGGACACAGUUCUCGUUGAGACGAUAGUCGCCGAAGUGUGGCUCCAUGUGCAGUUGGCCAACGGUGAGGUGCACUCACUGGUCUCUGUAUGGCAGUCUCUCGGCCAGAACAAGUUCAGAAUUCGGGAGCAGCCGUGCUGGAUCGCGACAAACACGAUCAACAAGGCCGUGCUGCACCGAAGGUGCGAUGGAGAGGCAAUCAUCGUGCCAUGA